AUGUGUUUUACCGUGCGAGACGUGCUGGUCAGAAACCUGGAAGAAUUAGGUGAAAGAAACUUUAAGAAAUUCCGGAACAAACUGAAUGAGUUUCCAGUGAUAGAACCGUACAGGAGCAUUCCGAAGGCACGUCUGGAGAAGGCGGACGAAGACGAUGUUGCAGAUCUCAUUCUUGCAGCUUAUUCCAAUCCCUACGGGGUAACGGUGACCCUCGAGGUGCUGCGGCAAAUCGACCAAAAUCGAAUUGCAGAAAAAUUAGAACAAGACUUGGAGACAGGUAAGAAAUCCUUAACCUGCAUGAAAUACAUAGAUCUUCAUAUAGUAAUAAAACACUUUUAUUAAUUCCCACUAUUUUCUCUCUCAAUCUCUAUUUACAGCCAGCAAUUACAAGAAGCCAAGUAACGGACACAAACUGGCUGGUAUGAUGGGCACACAGCGGGCAGACACUGGUAGGCACACAGCGGGCAGAUACUUAAAAAGAGGGGAGAGAUGGGAAAGACAGCUGGCAGAAGCACAAAGAUAGUGUAUAGGUAGCACCAAGAAUAAAAAAUAUAUAAAAACAACAUGAGUAUAUUAAAACAGACAAUAAUAAUACACUGUGCUAGUAUAACAAAAAAAAUAAUAAUCUUUAGAAAUAUACAAAAUGGUGUACCAGGUAUAUCAAUACAGUCCCAGAAAAAUGUCCUUUCUCAUCACAAGUUUCUGCAUGUAAAAGAGGCCAGAAGUACAGGAGAAAAAAACCCCCACUAGUGCAAAAUGUCAAAUCAGAUUGUAGGACACACAACACAGGCAUUCCAAAUGCCAACUCACACGGGAUGGAGCCAAAAUCAGCUCUGGAUAAAUCAGCAUACAGUCAUAGAAAUCCCCACUUACCGGAUACCCCUCUGGCAAUAAUCCACGGCAGAGGGUGGACCACAUGGGACAAGAGAAUAAAACAAAUAGAGCUCUCUGUAUUGAUAAGUAUGAAAUUAUGAAAUAAGAAUCUACUUACAUUUAAAAGAGCAGACGGAAACGCUCUGUGUCAAACCUGGGAUUCUUUAGACAGUAUUAGUAGUAGACAUUUUGUCUCCUAUUCUUAUGCUCUAUUUCAUAUGCUGCCAUGAAGCCAUAACCAAGAACAUGUCAUGGAAACGUGUGAUAAGAAAGGACACUUUUCUGGGACUGUAUUUCUGUACCUGGUACACCAUUUUGUAGAUUUCUAAGGAUUUAAUUUUGUUAUACUUACACAGUCUAUUAUUAUUCAUUUCCUGUUUUAUAGCCUUGUGUGGUUUUAAUAGGUUUGUUUUUGUUUUUUACGCUACCUAUACCCUAUCUUUUUGCUUUGAUCUGUUUUUAAGGGGUCAGUUGGGGGAACCCGUUUUCCUUAGGUGUGCUGCCAUUUAUUCUCUUCAGUUAUUUAGCACUGAUCUACGUUUUCACUUUUGUUCUCGUCUUCCACACAACUGGUAGACACUGAUAAUUAGGAGAGAGAUGGGCACACAGCUGGCAGACACUGAUAAUUAGGAGAGAGAUGGGGGCUGGCAGACACUGAUUAGGAGAGAGAUGGGCACACACUGGCAGAAACUGAGGAGAGAGGUGGGCACACAGCUGGCACACUGAUAAUUAGGAGAGAGGUGGGCACACAGCUGGCAGACACUGAUAAUUAGGAGAGAGAUGGGCACACCGCUGGCAGACACAGAUAAUUAGGAGAGAAAUGGGCACACAACUGGCAGUCACUGAUAAUUAGGAGAGAGAUGGGAACACAGCUGGCGGACACUGAUAAUUAGGAGAGAGAUGGGCACACAGCUGGCAGACACUGAUAAUUAGGAGAAUAUGGGCACACAGCUGGCAGACACUGAUAAUUAGGAGAGAGAUGGGCACACCGCUGGCAGACACAGAUAAUUAGGAGAGAAAUGGGCACACAACUGGCAGUCACUGAUAAUUAGGAGAGAGGUGGGCACACAGCUGGAAGACACUGAUAAUUAGGAGAGAGAUGGGCACACAGCUGGCAGACACUGAUAAUUAGGAGAGAGAUGGGCACACAGCUGGCAGAAACUGAUAAUUAGGAGAGAGGUGGGCACACAGCUGGCAGACACUGAUAAUUAGGAGAGAGAUGGGCACACCGCUGGCAGACACAGAUAAUUAGGAGAGAAAUGGGCACACAACUGGCAGUCACUGAUAAUUAGGAGAGAGAUGGGAACACAGCUGGCGGACACUGAUAAUUAGGAGAGAGAUGGGCACACAGCUGGCAGACACUGAUAAUUAGAAGAAAUAUGGGCACAGCUGGCAGACACUGAUAAUUAGGAGAGAGAUGGGGCAGACACUGAUAAUUAGGAGAGAGAUGGGCACAAUUAGGAUAAUUAGAGAGAGCUGGGCAUACAGCUGAUGGACACUGAUAAUUAGGAGAGAGAGCACACAGCUGGCAGACACUGAUAACAGUUGGCAGACACUGAUAAUUAGGAGAGGUGGACACACAGCUGGCAGACACUUAUAAAGAGGAGAGAGAUGGGCACACAGCUGGCAGACACUUAUAAAGAGAAGAGAGAUGGGCACACAGUUGGCAGACAUCGAUAAUUAGGAGAGAGAUGGGCACACAGCUGGCAGACACUGAUAAUCAGGAGAGAUGGGCACACAGCUGGCAGACACUGAUAAUUAGGAGAUAUUAAGAUGGGGUUAAGAUGUGAGUAUAGAAUAUAAAGGGGUGAGACUCGAAGAUACAGAAUAUAAUGGGGUGAGAUGGUCAAAUAUAGAACGUAAAUGGGUGAUGACAGAAUACAGACAGACACAGGAUAGUCUCUGAGGUCUGAUACUCUCCUCCAUCCCCACAGGUGCAGAGCACUUCGUGGACAGACACAGGGCCGAGCUGAUCAGCAGGAUGGGUCUGGUGGAUCCCAUACUUGAUGAUCUCCUGUCCAGGAAGCUUCUUACAGAUGAACAUUAUUCCAUUGUCCGCAGUAAGGCCACCUCCCAGGACAAGAUGAGGGAGCUCUAUGGAUUUUCCAGAUCUUGGGGUGUUGGUGACAAGGAUACUUUCUACCAGAUACUACGGAAACACAACGAACCACUCAUCGUUGACCUGGAACGCUCUGGCAGCUGCUAG